AUGAUGAAAAAGCUUAAUACUCAAUUCAAUGCUCCUCAACCAAAAGAGCCAACAACUCCACAAAACAAUGCCAGCAUAUUGGUAAACCUUGUAAAUAAUAAGAACAUCAUAAUGAAGGAUGGAACAUUCAAUUUGGUCAAUGGCAAGUUGCCUCUGCUACAAAUCGCCAGACAGUUCCAGGUCAAGGAUCUAGUAUGGACUGAUUGUGAUUAUAUUCUGAAGCCAGAUGAUCAAGGUCUAAGUGACAUUGCAUUCACAAGCAUGCAGAAGGUCAAUGUAACAGGAACACCAUUG